CCCCUGCCCUCCGUGCUUCACUCCGAGCCCGUAUUUAAUUCCCCUAAACCCCCCAGCUGUCGAUCGGCUCACGCGCGGAACGCGACAGACUGCGAAGCCGCUCUCGGUUAUUAAUAAUUCACCAGCUCCUGUCUCCGGGCCGCCAUCACUGUUGUUACCGUGUAUCGCGUUAUUUAGUUGUUGCUGUCUUUUUUUUUUUUUUUUUUUUGUGCGUGUGUGCGCCUCUUAUUUAUUUCAUUUUUAGUGCAAACUGCGCUUUCCGAUUGUUGAAGCACAUUCGUGCGCGCGCGCGCGAGCCGGGAUCAGCGCCGUUAACGCGCCGUCCAAACAGCGCGUUCGGGGAGCGCGCCGGGUGCGCGCGCCGUGAUUUCUGCCACCCGACAUUUCGCCGUUUCUCUCUGAACUGAAAAGCAAGAGGAGGGAAGGAAGAUAGGUGUCCGGUGAAAAGGGAUGGAGAUCGAGCCCUGAGAGCGACAGAAUCUCUCUCUCUUUUUUUUCCCCUCCCAAUCAGCUCAAAGCAGAAAGUUGUGGCACGCUGUUCGCACCGCUGACCGGACACGGACUUACCUCGCCGACAUAAAGGAAACAGGACCGAGACCUAAAAAAAAAAAAAAAAAAAAAAAAUAUCUGGCUCGGAUAAAUUCCCGUGCAUCCCUGUUCUUCAUCCAGAGAGCGCAUGUCAAGUAGUACUUUGGUUUGUAAAAUGUUCGGCGCCCCGCAGGUCAUCCCGCAAUAACGCUCCUUUCGCUUCCGGUAUCACCCGAAGAAAACCGAGCCGUUCGCGCUGCCUCUCCGACACUUUUUUGGAAACUUUUUUUUUGUCUGAAGGAGGAAAAAUGGGUCUUUGAGACUGUUGGCACUUUUCCCCGUUCCACGAUGGCUACCGAAACAUUUCUGGUGAAUGAAGACCCAUCCAGAGGUCCCGGGAUGCCGGAAUGCUUCGUUGUGUCUGAUUCCUACCGGGAUGAAUUCCAUCCAUUUAUCGAGGCGCUACUACCACAUGUGCGUGCCUUCUCCUACACCUGGUUCAACCUACAGGCGCGCAAGCGCAAGUACUUCAAGAAGCACGAGAAGCGCAUGUCGAAGGAUGAGGAGAGGGCAGUGAAGGAUGAGCUGCUGGGCGAGAAACCUGAAAUCAAGCAGAAGUGGGCAUCGCGUCUGCUGGCCAAGCUGCGCAAGGACAUCCGGCCCGAAUUCCGUGAAGACUUUGUGCUCACCGUAACGGGUAAGAAGCCUCCGUGCUGCGUGCUCUCCAACCCCGAUCAGAAAGGCAAAAUCCGCCGCAUCGACUGCCUCCGUCAGGCCGAUAAGGUGUGGAGGCUGGACCUGGUCAUGGUCAUCCUGUUUAAAGGCAGCCCGCUGGAGAGCACGGACGGCGAGAGGCUCGUCAAAUCGCCCCAGUGCACCAACCACGGCCUGUGUGUCCAACCACAUCACAUCGGAGUCUCUGUUAAAGAGCUCGACCUCUACCUGGCCUACUUCGUCCACUCGCCAGAAUCUGGACAAUCAGAGAACUCCAACCAGCAAGGAGAAGCAGACGUCAAGCCCCCACCCAAUGGGCACCUGAGUUUCCAGGACUGUUUUGUGACUUCAGGAGUGUGGAACGUAGCCGAGCUGGUCCGCGUGUCACAGACUCCAGUUGCCACAGCUACCGGUCCCAAUUUCUCUCUGGCGGACCUGGACAGUCCUGGAUAUUACAACAUCAACCUGGGUCGCCGGUCUAUCACGUCCACACCAUCGACCAGGACUGAAAUGGAGCUGUAUGGCAGUCUCCCUCGGAGCUCAAACAAGCGUAAGUCCAUUGAUGACAGUGAAAUGGAGAGCCCAGUGGAUGAUGUGUUCUACUCGGGCCGUUCCCCUGCGCCCGGUGGCUCACAGCCCAGUGGUUGGCCUAACGAUGUGGAUGCAGUGCAGCACCAUUUGGCCAGUAUGCAGGAGAGGAAGAUUAAACAUGAGAGCGAUGGCGUGCAGUUUCCUUACCAUGGACUCUCGUCGCCUGGUUCUCUUAAGAAGCCGGGGAAAUUCGAUUUCAGCGCUCUGUCCGGCCAGACGAGGUCUGCCCGCAUGCCGUUCACCCACCACCCACUGCCCAUGCUGGCAGGAGUGAGACCAGGGAGCCCCCGUGCCUCAGCCUCAUCUCUGCACUUUCCCUCUCCCUCCAUCAUCCAGCAGUCGAGCCCUUAUUUCACUCACCCCACCAUCCGCUACCACCACCACCCGGGGCAGGACCCACUCAAAGAGUUUGUGCAGUUUGUAUGUGCUGAUGGACCGGGUCAAGCUGGAGGUCAGCCAAACGGGAGCGGCCAGAGCAAAAUGCCCGGCUCCUUCUUGCUGCCUCCGCCACCCCCUGUGGCGCGUCCAGUGCCCCUCCCCAUGCCCGACUCUAAACCCAGCAGCAUGCCCCUUGAUGGCGGACUCACCUCGCCCGCAUCUCCGUCAUACUCCACGCCAGGCUCCACAACUCCCAACAGGUUUGUCAGCAUCGGAUCACGGGACAACAACUUUCUAAAUAUCCCCCAGCAGACACAAUCUUGGUUCCUCUGACAAAACUUACCUGCCAACAAGCAAUUAAAAUCCUGUCACUACAAUCUGGAAUCUUGAAUCAGGAAACAAAGAAUAUCCCAUCUAAAAUUGCCCUCUGACCCUGUUGGCCCGACAGAACAACAAAGGAAACCAGCAAAUCUUCAUAUCAUUUGGAAUGUUCUGAUCCUGUCAUCUUACAGCAAAUGACCCCCUCCCCCUUUUUUAAUAAGAGGAUCACGUGACAUUAUGAAGGAGGACAUGGAGUCUCUCAAAAACCACAGAAAUGACAACGAAAAGCAGAAACACAAAAGAACAUCCCGAAGAAGAAAAAAAGAAUCUGUCACUUAUAUUGUGCAAUGGCUGGGGACAUUCAAUAAUGGUGAGGUUUUAAUAUGAAAAGCAUAGAUGUAGAUUGGGACUUCAAAUAAUUGAGAUGUUAUUCAUCCUGACAUCUAGUAUGGAGUUAAAGCUAAAACUAGCUAAUUGUCCCUUCUGACACCAUUUGUAGUUUAGUGUAGAAAUUGGUCUCGAUGUGCCCAUUUCUUUAACAGCGAGCUUAACAACAAUUACUUAUCAGAACCACAAUCAAGCAAAAAAUAUACCUAAAGUAUUGCACUAGAAAAGGAAAGUAAAACACUACUCUCAUGUCUGCUAUUAAAUAUAGGAUUGACAGAAAAGAAAAAAAUGUUUGCACACAGUGUUUUGAGGUAAAAGUGAAAGUAGAUAUCACACACUAAAGUUAAUAUUGGAUGUAUAUCAACAAUCAUAGAGGACAGUCUCUCAGUUUAGGCUGAUGUAGGAAAACACACUAUGACCUAGAUAAAAACUACCUAUGGAGGCUGUCCAAUUAAAGAGAUUCAAAUUCAGGCCUUAUACUCGCCCUUAGUGCCAAUUGAAUACCGACUGUAAUCCCUUACAACCCUUACACACACACAUACACACAUCAAGCCACUGCCAUGUCUCUGAACUGCUGCAUACAAAUUGUCACAUUGGUAAUAAGGGAGUCAAUUUUUAUAUUACUUUUCUGCUUGACAUUCCAAAUCAGAAACCAAUACAAUGCCUUACCACCUCUAACAUUCUAGGACAUUUAUAGAACGUCACUGUUAGCAUAUUUUUUUAGCUGUGGUGUAGCAUAAGCACCAGUUCCAGAUAGACAGUGCAGAUUCACUCGUCUUAGAAGAAACCUUCAUUCACUUGGGUUGGUAGCUGUUGAUUGGCAGGAAUUGGAUACAUGAAAAAAUUGGGAAAUACUAAUUGAAAAUUCUGCACGUCCUGAUCGUCAAGAGUUCCGUACUCAUACAGCAUCUGGGCCCCGGGUUCAGGGGUUUACAACAUCCACAUUAUUUAAUUUCACGGGUUUGACUGACAUCGGAGGCAGCCGAUCACAUCAAAUCACUUUGGAACAAAACUUUCCAGUACAUUAAUAUGCACCUUUUGUCUUUAGUCGAGUGACAGCAUCAUGCCCCAAAAAUCUCAUAGUGACAUGCUGUUCGAAGAACCUGCUGCACAUUAUUGUGUACACACAAAAGUCAAAUUGAUUGGGUGAGUUUUAAGAUUCUGAAGUUACAAAGCACAGACACUCAUUCAAUGGGCAGAGCUUUGGAAGCUUUAAACUUUAAAUCUUAUUGUCAUAGUGAACAAUUAUGAUACUCACAUGAAUUGAUGAAUUUGAUACUCACAUAUAGUUACAAGUUUUCCGAAAAACACUGGAAAGGUUCAGUGGACGUUCACUUUCCUGGCUGGAAGACACACCCCAUCCUCUCUGAACUGUUUACUCUCCCAUGCGGCUGUGUUCCAAGAACACGAUGCCUCACUGCGGAGCAAAAGAGUGUUGUAGUUGUUAUUUAGAAGGAGAGGGGUAUGUAAUAAUGGCCAUUUAGAUAACACAUUGCUUUAUCUGCUAUGUUCACACCCUCCUUAGGGAUUUAUUGGAUUUGCAAAUAGUAGAGCAUGUUCAGAGCAUGGCCUAAGACACACACACACACACACACACACACACACACCUUCCAACUGACUGAUUUAAAGGGAAGCCUUGGAUUAAUAUAGGGCAAUCCAAAUCUGCCUUUACAGUACAAAGUCAUGCUGACAUCGUCAUAAAUCAGCUAGUUUUAACCAUCAAUUUAAUUUUUAGCCGUAUUAUUUGACUCACCGAGCUCACAAAAUAACUGGACUGCCUGAUUCUGUGUCUCACUGCAGGGAAGCGCGGUUGCCGAUUGGCAGCCACGUCAUCAGCGUAGUAGAGGACUAGCAUUGCUAAAUGAGAAUUAAUGAUGGCGAUGGACUUUUCUUUUCUAAUCAAUGGAAGUGCCUCUGUAUUCCCAUUAUGCAAUUUGUUAAACAUGAAUUCAGGUUAUUUUUCUCACAUAUAAGCUAUAGAGAAAGAAAUUUUUAUGUCUGGAGCAAAACAAGUGGCAAGUGACAGCUCACUAAUUACAGACAUCUUUAUAUAUACAGGAGAUAUCCAUAUAUAUUUAUAUAAACAUUUUUUGUUUUGUUUUGCAUAAUAAGCUCAGUGGCAGUCUAGUUAUUUUCUGAAUUUAUGGCAGCAUUACAAUUAAUAAACAAGUUCUUUUUUUUUUUUUUUUUAAGUAGUACCAGUCUUAAAAACCCGGUUAUACACUCAACAUAGGAAAAGCCCAACAAGCAUCAAGUCCCUGAAAAAUGAAAAUAAAAAAAGGAAAAAAAGAAAUAGAAAAUGUAUUUCUAUAGUAAACAGUAUCAGUAGUGUUGAGGAGAAAGAUGUGGCUUUUGAGUUCUUUUGUGUUUGGAUGGGAAGUAUUUGUAAUUGAAAAAUUAUGUAUGUUGAUUGAGCCAUGUGCAAUGCCUUGGGUAGAGAAAUGUGUUCGUCUGUUAGAUUGUUAGAGGGUGUGAUAGAAGAAGGGGGGAAAAAAAUACCCCUUCUGUUAUUGUUUCAAGUCCAAAAGGUCCGGGACUCUAAACUACAGGGCAGAGAGAAAAAAAAAGUCUUUGUAAGUUUUGGGAGUUUUUUUUAAAUCUUUCUUUCUUUUUUUUUAAUAGCCUUUUUCCUUUUUUUUUAAUGUUUAUUUGUAAUGAUUUGUUCUCAAAACUUGGGAGGGCUGAAGAAACAGUUUUGCAACACAUCGAAAAAUAUAUAUAUCACUAAAUGAAACUGGUGCUUUUUAUGGAAUACAGUACAUUCAAACUCUAUUAUACAUAAAUAAAAAACAAGUAAGUGUUAUCAUAAACGCAAAAAUUUUUAGGAAAAAAAAAACAUGCAUACUCUAUUUCUUGUUUAGAAUUUAGUAAAGGGGGAGGGGUUCAUUUUAGCCUAAAAAAAAAAGGCUUUUUUUUCUCCCAUCAGAGAGGUUCAGUCACAGAAGGUGGAUAAAAUCCAAAUCAAUAACAAAUACACAGAAGUCCUGAGAAGGAAAAUCAGAAAGGAAAUAUUGUUUACAAUGUAAAGUUAAGAGAGACAGAAGAAAUUGCACUAUGUAUUUGGCAGCCAUAAAUACACAUUACUUAUCAUGACGAUGCUUAGUCAGUUCUGUUCAGGACAUUAUCCAGUGAGAAGCUAGAGCAUUGAUGGCAUUUGUACAUAGAGAUUUAAAACAGAUCCAGACUCAAUGACAAGGUCUACCCUUUCCUUGUGAGAUGCUUUUAAUCAACUCGAUCGCCCUUGAAAAUUGUCAGUUCAGCGGAAAUGAGACCUUUCCUAUGGUAGCUGUUGUUUAUUAUUAGCCUCCCCUCGUUAAAUACUCGCGUAAGCCGAUUCGAACAUUAUUUUAACCAAUAAAAACAUUGCAAAGUGAACCCCACCCCCUCUCCUAAACCAACACCCCCUCCCGGUCCCAAUGUAAAUUACUCUAAACUCUAAAUAUUUGUUUUGUGAUGUAGUGUUAGACUCAGAGCAUCUUCAAGGUUGUCCCUAAAAAAAGUGCCUUUGUUCACAGACUCCAUCUUGUAAUCCUCAGUGCCCGUCUCGGAAACCCCUCUUUCAGCCCGCUUCUAUAUUCUGUCCUUCUUCAAGCUCUUCAAAGCAGUAUAUAUAGUAAUAAAGGAAAAAUUGGUGUGACUUAGUUCCUCUUUUUAUUGUUGAUGCUGAAAUUGAAAAAAAAAAAAAGAAAAAUUGAGAAAAAAAAAAAAAAAAACCUUCUUGUCUUGCUUUUCCUUCCUCUGUACUCCUUUCCUUGUCUUCUGCCUCUCUUGGACACUGGAAUAGUCUGUAGUCGCAUAACCAUCUCCUUUCCUGCCCCUUCCCCAUUUUCAUUGAAUGGAGGGGUUUUUAAAAGAAAAAAAAAGAAAAAACUUUUUUGUCUGAGCAGAAUGCAGUUAGGUUACAUGUUAUUCUUGUCUGUAUGCUUCACAUUGUAUACCAUACCGAUCUCUUCAGCUUCUCCAUUGAACAGUUAAUGUAAGUGAACAAGUUACACCAGUGGGCUCUGGCGGGAUGUCAGUCAAAGGGUGUAUGAAGGGUUAAGGUUUCAACAUGGAGCAGUUAAUCAUAUUUUAGUGAAGGCGGAAACUGGUGGACGUAGGAAGUCCUCUUAAAAGGUGCUGGAAGGAUUUAAGGCUGCUGGGUUACCAUAGGUUUGUGACUUGUUUUGACUAUUUAUUCAUCCUUUUUUUUUUUUUGCCAAAAUCUUUUCUUUUUGUUGAUAAUGCAUAUUUAGGUGGUACAAAUGCCACACUGAGAAUUUUUUGUAGAUAAUGCACCUUUGCAGUGGUUAUACGAGACCAGGUAUUUAACAUUUGGGGAAUUUACCUGACAUUACUAAGCACCUUAUUACGGAAUGGGUACAGCAAUGGAUGAAAGAAAUUCAAUAACGUAUUAAAAAAACUAAUCUAAAUGAAAGGAAAAAAAAAACGAAAUUCCAGCGUAAUCUGCAAUUAUGAGCCAAACCCCUCAGACCAAACCGACAAGCUGCAUGCCAUCAAACCUGAACUGUAGUGAUAAUUAAGGUGCCUUGAAAAUCAGUGAAGCACCAGCAAAUGAAUAAUCUCAGGCCUACAAAUCACAGCCUGAUUGUUGUCCCACAUAAAUAUGCAAACUUUUCCUAAAUACAUAAAGCCAGCAAAUGUAUCAGCCAUGAUUACAAGAGAUGAGAUUACAAGAAAAAAAAAAAAAAAGCCAUAAAUGUUGUGGACAGAACUCUCCCAGGGCCUUGUCCCUUCCUGGCGCUGACCAUCCGUCUUUUUCGACAUUUUUCUAUUUCCUCUUGGGGUUGUGGGGGUUUUUUUUUUUUUUUUUUUUUUGAUAGUUUGUUUUGGGUGUUGGGAUAAGUAAUAAGCUUAGAGUAGAUCGAUUUCCCAGCAGCCUUUGCCCUGGCCCGUAGCUUCUUCACUAACCCUUAAAAAGCUAUUGCCCUUUUUAUAGACAUGCCCUCCAGAGCUCAUGGUGAAAUGCAUGUGUUAAUUACAAUUUCUUUUCCAUAAUAAGAAAAACAGUUUGAAAAGAGCAGCACCUUUAACUGAUUGAAUAAAAGGAUGUUCUUGACUGUAAAAAA